UCAAAACAUAUUUGAUGUCACAAUCGUUUCAACUCUGAUAAGAAUAACAUUAGAGCGGGAGACAACAUUAUCUGAAGGCGAUAAUGAAGUUUUCGCUCGAAUUUUGAGCGAACAGUUUGUUUUAUUUAUCCAUUAUGGCCUCCUAUAUACAGUUUUAUUCUUUAUUACAGCAUCGUGUUCAACCAUUGGUAUAUAAUCUCAACACAGUCAGAUGGAAGAGUACCCUAAGAAGAAUAGAAAAGCUUUUGAUUGCCAACAGAGGGGAAAUAGCAUGUAGAGUAAUAAGGACUGCUCGCCGAUUAGGUGUAAGAACUGUUGCAGUGUACAGUGAUCCUGACGAAAAAUCGUUACAUGUUGAUUUGGCAGACGAAGCAUAUAACAUUGGUCCUGCGGCUGCAUCUCAAAGUUAUCUCAGAGNUGACCGAUUUCUUAGCACGUCUAAGGCCAUCAUGUCAAAAGCUGGAGUACCUGUCAUAAAAGGAUACCACGGAGAAGAUCAAAGUAACGAGAGACUGAAAGAAGAGGCAAGGAAAAUUGGUUUUCCUCUUAUGAUAAAGGCUGUGCGUGGAGGUGGAGGAAAAGGUAUUAGAAUGAAUCCUGAACCUCUGAGUAAUAUCAAAUUGCUGCUUAUUGUGGAAAAUAAAUUUGAAUUCAUUUUGGAUAAAAACGAUCAUAGUUUUCAUUUCAUGGAAAUGAAUACGAGGCUUCAAGUGGAACACCCGAUUACGGAAAUGAUCACAGGAACGGAUCUGGUGGAAUGGCAAAUUAAGAUAGCAUCUGGAGAAAAAUUGCCUCUAACCCAGGAAGAAAUAACUGCAAAAGGUCAUUCUUUCGAGGCACGAAUAUACGCUGAAGACCCUAGAGGUGGGUUUCUGCCUGGUGCUGGACCUCUUUUGUAUCUGUCAACACCAGAAGCAUCUGAGGAUACUCGAAUAGAAACAGGUGAGUAUCAGUGAUUU